AUGGCCGGGCUAGGCCUGAUUUUGACAACCUCCGACGCACGUAUAAAACAUACGGGUAUUGGAUUCCGGCCGGAUUGCCGCUUCCGGCGCGUGAGCAAGAAGCAAGUGUGGCUUGAAUUCCUUCACUACCCGGAAAUUCAAGGCCUUGUUUCCACUUCAUCCCCACCUUUCUUUCAUCUUCACAGGCCCGAUAUCAACUCAUACACACAGCCGGAAAUGGCUGGAUGGCCGCCGAACCCGUACGGCCCCCCUGUCCCGCCUCCUGUCUAUGUCCUCGACCAUGAUGAUGAGGUUGGUAAUGGGCGGGCUGUACGCCGUCAGCUGCGUGGAGGGCUGCCGGUUCUGGCCCAGCUGGUCAUUGCGUUUGGUACACUGCUUUUCGAAGGAUGGAGUUUCGCCGGCGUGCGGAUCAACUGGCUUACCAUCUUCGAACGCCCGGCACUGUCCCCGCGCCAGAGCAAGCGCAACAACCGGACCCGCCGGAUCCUCGCCAACCCCGUGCUCUGCUUUAACGAUGCCCUGUCGGCGCAAGCCCGGCUGUCCCUAGCCACCGAACUCGAGCGUCAGAGGGCCCAUGAGCUUGAAGGGCGUCUGGCGCUGCGUGAUGGUCGCGCCGCUGUGGAUGCCGCGGACGAGCCCGAAAUCCGCGAAGCUCGUGCCCCUCGUCGACAGCGUCAACGUCGUGUUGUUCAUCGUUCGGUGUCGCAGAGCGACGAUGAGGCUGGGAAGUGCCAAGACUGCAACGAGUCCGUCAAGAAGCUCUACGAUCACUACGGUCCUCUGGUGUGCUGGAGUUGCGAGAGAGCUUUCAAAUACCUUUACGACCACCCGAAGUCUCAUAUUCGUUGUCGGCUCAACUGCGCGCCACACGUGAACUGCCACUACCACCGCUACAGGGCCGCGAUCGCCCGCGGCUACAAACCCGACCUCGUUCGGCCCAACGGC